AUGGUUCGUCAACUUAUCCACGGCCACCGAUCCAUUUGCGAUCUUCCUGUUUUCUACUUUACUCCUGAAAUGAUGGACGAAUAUCCUGAUGCAAAGGUCGUCAUCAACAUGAGACCUGACGGUAAAGUCUGGGCCAAGAGCGCUGAAGACAGCUUCUGGUUCUUUUUCAGUCCGUGGUUCAAAUGGGUUGGUCUUCUAUGGGCCACAGACCGCCUGUGGUACAAACUCAACGUGGAGACGAUGAAGAAGUGCAAGGAAGAGUAUGGCAUAACAGAAAUCUUCAGCGCCGAAUGUUAUGAUACGUAUUACAGACGUGUGCUUGAUGAAGCCAAGAAACGAAACCGACAAGUGCUCAUUUUCAAGGCCGAGGACGGCUGGGAACCUCUCUGCAAGUUCUUGGGGAAAGAAAUCCCGGAUGAGCCGUUUCCCCGUCUAAAUGAAAAGAAGACGUUCGAGACAGUGAAGAGGAUAUUCAUCGCCAAGGGCGUAUUGUCUUGGAUGGCCCUGUUUGGCGCGACUUGGGGUGCAUGGAAGGUUGCUUCUCAUUUCCUGUGA